UAUAUAAAAAUUGGAAGUGCAGAAUGAAGAAGAAAUGGGAGAAGCUUGUGGAUGCGGGAAUUGAUCCCUAUGCUCAUCCAUACAAAGGAGUACAAUCCGAUGAUUGGAAGUAUUUGAUUGACCAAGUAUGGUUGGAUCCUAAAAACAAGCGUCGCUACGAUGUCGACAAACUAAAUAGGAGCAAGCUACCCUACAAUCAUAGUAGUGGGUUGCGAUCUUUUCCGGCGGCGAUGAGCAUUGCGGUGAAGGAAAACGGUGGCUUGUUGCCAGAUAUUUGCAAUUUCUACAAGGACACUCAUCAGAACAAGAAGACAAAAGAAUGGAUUGAUCCUAUAUGCUGUGAUUUACAUGAGCAAAUGACAAUGGUGCGGGAUGAGUCUAUUGAGUCUGGAACACCGAUGACACAAGAGGAUAUAUCAAGAGUGGUGCUGGGGAAGAAGAAGGGAUACUUGAGAGGUUUUGGGGUCGGACCAAAGCCCUCGUCUUGUGAUGUUGGGUCGAAUGUGGCAUCACAAGCACGUGAGGAGCACUUGAAAAGGCUUACAUCCGAGUUGGAGAUACUGCGUGCGGAGCAGCAGAGUGACCGUGAGGAGCAGAAAAAAAAGGAAGAGGAGCAACAAAAAAAGGAAGAGGAGCAACAAAUAAAAGAGGCAGAGAAUGCAAGACAACGUGAGGAGAUGCAGAUGCAGAUUUUUGGACUUCAGAUCACGUUGGCGCAAGUUUUGGAAAAGCUUAAUCCAUCAAAGUCCCCACCAUAGCUACUUAUGGUAAUGGAUGGAUGAUCAUGUGCACAAAGCUAAAUUGUACAGGACUAAUGGGCACUAUAAGCAUUUUUGGAAGGAAUAUAUAUUUUUGAAUAGAUGUGUAUGGAAAAUAUUUGGGAGGAGUAGUAGUUAUUUUUUUUGGAUGAAUGUUGUAUGAAAAAUAUUUAGAUAGACUACUAGUGUGUAUAUUUUUUGAUAGCUGAGCAUGGAUAACAAUUUAAAACAUAAUAACAACUAAUUGUUAUGUUUUAAAUUGUUAUGCUAGAUGGAUGUGACUUGGAUAAUUAUAUAGAUUACAAGUGGAUUUUUAAUUGGAGGAAUAUGUAUCUUUGAAA